AGCACAUAAUCACACGUAUCACAGUUAAUCCACGAAUUAUGGAGGAGAGCCAAGACUUGCAGUUCAAUCGUUUGACCAUUUUUAACUUUCACCCAUAACGGCAAAGUACAAAGUGGGUCUAAGUUGAAACUCAAAGUCAACGAUUUGUAGUUCAGCUCGUUGGGAAUUGGGAUUUGGAUGAAUAAAAGCCAUGUCUGGUUGCUGCACAAGUCAACAAUAGCGAUGAGGAUGAUGAUGAUCGAUUCCUUAGUUUAAACACGAUGGGUUGCAAUACCUCAAAACCAGCUCCUUCUUCCUCGCAUGACCGCUCUGCUCUUGCUUCUGAUACCCCUUUUUCAGAGAGGGAGAUUGAGUAUUUGCAUAAGCUAUUUCAGAAACUGAGCGAUUCCGUAAUCAAAGACGGCCUCAUACACAGGGAAGAACUUCGGCUUGCAAUCUUCAAUAAUGUGAACCAAAGGAACCUCUUUUUGGACAGGAUUUUUGAUCUGUUUGAUGCCAACAAAAAUGGACGAAUUGGGUUUGAGGAGUUUGUUGGGACACUGACUGUCUUUCAUCCCAACACUCCAAAGGCAGUCAAGAUUGCACAUGCAUUUAAGCUGUAUGAUCUUAGGCACACUGGCUUCAUUGAGCGUGAAGAGCUGAGAGAGAUGGUGUUGGCUCUUCUGUGUGAAUCCGAUCUAGUUCUGCCUGUCGAUGUAGUCGAAACGAUUGUGGACAAGAGUUUUAGUGAAGCAGAUGCAAAGGGAGAUGGUAAGAUUGACGAGGAAGAGUGGAAAGCAUAUGCAGAACAGAAUCCUUCUCUACUAAAGCAUAUGACUCUUCCAUAUCUCAUGUAUGUUUCAAAUCAUUCAUCUACAUAUGUAUUGGUGGGUUGUCAUAAUGGUGUCAUAAGAUAUAAGGCAUUUGCUUACAGGGACAUGACAGUAGCAUUUCCCAGGUUUGUGGAGAGGGGAGUGAAUAGCUGUGGUCCGAAGGCUUGAUGUAGUACAAAGCUCCUCAAAAUGUUUGGGUUCGCACAACAUGAGGCGGCGGAAGCAGUUGGUACCUUAAUUCGUGAGUGGGAUCAUGGUGAAGAAGAUGUCCGUCUCCAUAAGAAGUUCCGUGGAUGAGAUUGGGGUGAUUUGUUCCUCCACUUCUUCCAGUGUUUGUUUGAUCCACAUUGAGCUGAGGCUCCCCUUCUGAAGAAACAGUAACGCCAAAA